AUGCCAUUCACAAUCAUCCUCUCAGCCGAAAAUGCCUCGGUCAAGAAAGUCAACAAAGCCAUCCUCCUCAUGGAAGACUACGAAUACGGCUGCGACCAUUCAUGGGCUCUACUACGUGAUGCCUCGCUCCCCAAGAAUCCCACCAUAGUCCCCGCCUCAAUCCCGCCUCUCGAUGUGAACGAGGAUACCUUCACAUCAGCCAAUAAUUCUUUCUGCGGCAAAACUGCAGAUCAAAUCCAUGACUUCAUCCAGGAAAACGAAUCCAAGCUCUCGAAAAUGGACCUAACGGUCUCCCAUUGGGUCAUCAUCGACGAGAAAGGCCUGGAAGCCGAAACCUGCUUGGUCUGCGAGAACACAGAAGACGAUGAGGACGUCGAGGAGCCGUAUCGCAUGGCGAGACUCCCGUGGUCUCAGGCAUGGGCGAUGUUCAGUAAUUUGGAUAUUGCGAAUAUGGAUUUUGACGAGUGGGUGGAUGAGGAGGCCAUGCGGGAUGAGGACGGGGCGUGGAAGUGGGUUGGACCGUUUUCGGAGAGUGAGGACGGAGAAAUCGAGAAGAAGAUACAGCUGGCGAUUGAGAAGGCACGAAGGGAGGAGAUAAUUGAUUAG